AUGGAUCGUCUUUCGCCUGAGCUCCUGCAUAUCGUGGUGUUGUUCCUGGACAUCAAGGACCGGCUCAACUUCCGCCUUGUUAGCAAGAACUUGUCGGUCAUCGCUGGCGCACACAUUCUCCCCGAGGUCUCAUUCCAUCUUCAUGCCAAAGACCUGGCGAAGCUGAGGGGAAUUGCUGCUAAUUCAGUCCUGGCACGCAAUGUCAAGUCCUUGACAUACUUCGCAGCGCGCUUGGAGGCCCUGCCCUUUACUUAUGAACAAUAUGUACACGAUCAUCAGCAGACGAUACAAUUUUCGUUGAUUGAUCUGGAACUGACGGAGUUACGUAAAUGGAAGCUGUUUCAAUCUCCAGCACAACUGAAAGCACACUACGAGACGUACCUGGAGAUGGUAGCCUCGCAAAAUGCUCUCAUUGCAGACCAGAUGGACCGUCUGUGUCUUGAGGAAGUCCUCCCAAGUUUCCCAAACUUGCAGCAAAUUACAAUGUCUUCGGGGCAUGAGUUCUACGAAGGCCGUAACAAUCCAAAGAGUGUAUAUGAUGGAUGUCUACGGGACGCCCAUGAUUAUGCAUUUCCUCCGGGAGUUGCACAGCUGGAGGUAUUGCUCCAAAGCCUCGCGCAUCACCGGCUCAGCAUCCAAGAGUUACGCGCAGGUUCCAUGAGCUGGCGUUUCUUCGACAAGGAACCUGAUGUUUUAUCCCGUUUGUUCGCGCCAUUGCACAACUUGAAAUACAUCGAUCUUGUUCUGGAGAUCCAGGCGGACGAUAAUGGAGUUGUUAUCACCGAUGACAUUAGCAAAUGCCGCAGUUUAUUAAAGAGUGGCGGCCUGAGAAAUCUUUUGACGUCGAUGCCUGGUUUGGAUACUCUUGCGGUCGCCGUCCGUGGCGAUUGGGAGGAUCGCAAACCUGCUGCGUCUCUCAACUGGAUUAUAGCUCCAGAUCACCACUGGCCAACCUUGUCAACUUUAGUACUCGAAGGUUUUGAUUGCACCAGGGAAGACCUCUGGAAAUUCUUGGAGCUACACAGGAAUUCCUUGUCCGAUAUAUGCCUGAGAGACGUUAGCCUGACUAAGGGCUCGUGGCAAAAGCUUUUACCCGAUGUUAGAUCCACACUACAGCUACAAGAGGUAUGCUUCUGCGGGCGUCUCAGCGGUUAUCCUGAAGGAUCGGAAGAAACGGCAUAUGGCUGGGAUGGCUCGGACGGCGCGAGUAGCCUAGUCGAAGUGCAUGAUCUUUGGACACCUGAAAGCGGCCCAUCCGAUAUGAGGAGCUCGGUCAACUGCUAUUGCAGACAAGGGGGCAAGGACUAUCCCGAUGAGCUACCUCUUAGCAACGAAGUUGUCAAGAAGUACUUUGAGAGCCACGUCCGCAAGACAAUGGCUGUCCAUUCAGAAGCAGAAGAUGAAGAGGAGAUGCGCAAAGCCGAGAAGAGAGUACACGCCAGGAUGAGAGAGAUGAACAUCUUCGGGUUUAGAGAUGCUAGACCAGAAGACAGCAGCGAUGAGUGGUCUGGCAUCUCUGGAUCUGAAUUAGACGAAGACGAUUUGUUUUUCGAGACGGAACCCCUUGACGAUUUCUCGACAGAAGAUGACACAGACUUAUCCGACAUGGUAGCACUGGAAGGAGGGUUAGAAGAACAAGAAGAAGGAGAAGGAGAAGAAGGUUCGACUGAUGAAGAAGAAACUGCCCAUAUGGUUGCAUUGGAAGAACUGUCGCAGGAUGACUCAGAUGAGGGCAAUGACAUUGACGAUGCAGAUGGUUGA